AUGUCGAACCCAGAAGCGCAGGCGGCGCAGGCGGUGCACCAAGCGCUCAUGGAGCAACUCGACAUUCACUCAAUCCCUAAAACCUUCCGGAACCCUCACUGGCGCCCCAACCAACGCCGCAACAAGAACAUCAAGACAAUUCUGGGCGACGCGUCACGCAAGGAAGCCUCCGUCAUUGCAACUCCCCAAGACGAAAGCGGUGCAGCGACCCCCGCUGCGCAAGACAACGACGGCCUCUCCACGAGUGGUACUUCCACGCCAGCAAACCCUUCGACUGGCGGCGCCGCCAACCUCCAACCGAACCUCGCGCAAGCAUCGCGUAGCCUGUCCAAGCUUGUGCUGGAGAAGUCGCUAGCCGCACCUUCCAAACCGGCAAGCGGCGUCCCAUCAGCGCCAACAGCAACCUAUACCAACAUCGAAAGCGCCCCCAGCCUGGCGCCGUUGAAGCAUUACUGUGAUGUAACGGGCCUGCCAGCACCUUACCUGGAUCCCAAGACGAGAAUGAGAUACCACAAUCGGGAAGUGUUUGCCACAAUUAGGACUCUACCACAGGGCGUUGCAGAGCAGUUCCUGGAGGCGAGAGGCGCGCAUACUGUGCUUAAGUAA